GAUGAGAGGGCUUCUAGUUGGUUUCCAUUUCUGUCCCGUUCUGUUGAGUGGUGUUGCUUUGUUUCUUGUGGCUUUCAGUUCGUCUUUGCACACUGACUUGAGCAGGGACGAGGUUUUCGAGAGAGUUGGAGGUAACGCGUCAAUGUGUUAUAUCUCCUAACACAGUGACAUUUUUUUCCGACGGGAUAUGAAUGUUUCAAGUGCCAUGGGCGAAAACACGGAUCGGAUGACACAGAUUUGGACUGUGUUACGAUAAACUUUACUAUUUCCCCCAAAUAAGGCUCUGUGACAUUCCAAAAAACCCCCUCAUUGGUAGUAAAUUUCCAUUCUUCCCCCUUUAUACUCUGUUGCCAUAGCAGUUCGCCCUAAAAAAAUAUGAGAUCGCCCCAAAAUCGAGUAAAAACAACGGAAACUUUCUACGCGCAACUCUCAUAACUUUCAGGGCUUCUUCAUAUUCACCUUUGAACAAUAUCAAGAAUCAAGAUGAGCUCUUAAGACAGGGUAAUUAACUACACACAAACUGUAUUAUUAAAGUAUCCCAAAUAAACUAAGUAAUGAGAACAUGAAACACGAUUGUGUUGUUUUUCAAGAUUUGAGCUUAUUGGUCACAUCACCAAGACAUUAUAUGCUGACGAAAUAAGCUGUGGAUUGAGAUGCCUUCAAGAUGAAAAAUGCCAAUCUUACAACAGCAAAUCCGAAGCUAAUGAUGCAAAGAAGGAAUGUCAACUGAGUAAUCAAACCAAAAAAUCAAGUCCGGAAAAUCUGAGGCGUAACCCACGUUCUACUUAUUAUGGAAGAGGUACUGUUGAGUAAGGUGCUUAACAUUAUGGAAAAGUUAGUGGAGGUGGGAGGGGGGUAUGAAGGGUCGGAGUAGCUUGGUUGUCACAAUAAAGUUUUCCUGAUCCUUCUAUAACGUUCCGAAUUAUUCUAUCGAUCUUCCUCAUUGGCCGCCAAUUUUCUAUAGUCCCACCUUUAAACUCUGUUAGCGACGACUGAUCCCUCUCCAUUCCCUUUGAAAACAAUGAUAUCCCCCCCUAAGACCAAGGGUCAAAAAGUCAAAAAUGGUGACCUAUUUCUUACUUCUGGUUAGCGCUUUUCAGAGCUCUGUCAUGUCACGUGUACAUCCAUGUAUAACCUUUCCCUAGAGAAUAUGAAAUUAAAAAUCUCUUGCUUUUCCUUAUAAUGAUAGGUUGCCCAUUUUCUUAAUUUGAAUUUAAAUUUCCAAAAUCAAGAGCUAUCUAAUAAUUACGCGAAAGGAACUACUUAUGGAAUAAGACCUCUGUGGCGUGUUUUGUUUCAUAGUUUGAUCUUCUCCUCAUUCCAAAUGAUUAUUCUUCCCUUUUCCUACGCAGAUAAACGAGCUUGGGAUUCUGUUCAUCCGGCUUUCUCCGGUAAAGAAAUUCUGGACUCUGGACACUCCAAAGGAGACGGGGAGUAUUGGAUCGACCCAGGGAAGAGUGGAAACCCUUUGAAGGUCUAUUGUGACAUGUCAAGAUCUGGUGGUAAGAGAAUGAAUUUUUUUUGAGACACGAGGAAUUCAACAAAAGUAUAUUUGACUUGGAGCAGUUGUUAUUGGAACGUUCUGGUCUUGGCUAUUCGUGCUUUCUCUACAAAGAUCCCUAUUAUGUUUUUAAUCAAAACUAUAGCAGAAUUUAGUUAUCAUCAGCCGGCCGAUUUGAACAGUAAUAGGACAGUGUACGCGUCAUAUUUGUAAUUGAACAGUGUAGUAGGACCGUUAAAGGGACAGUUAACGCGUCAUGCCUGUGUGAGUGGACAGAACGCGUCAUUUGCGCGCUGUUGUCUCGCAUUUCGCCGAGUAAACUGUUGUUUUUCGUUUUUAUGAAAACGUAUAACCGAUGUCUAGUUUCUUUCUCAAAUUUUGUCAAAGUUUUGAUCAAUUGGUAACAGGCCUUCUUCUCGUCUAAUAUGAUUACAGACCGAAAUGGACUCCGCUCGGUCCUGUUACCAUUUAAUAUGUCUAAAAUUCUAGUUACAUGGAUGUCACCAGAUCAUUUAGGUUUGUUUUAUUUUAGGAGGUUGGCUUCUGGUGUCAAAUGUUGAGUUCGGAAGUCCCUCUCCAAAGGUGUCAGUUGAGACAUCAUACCGUGGAAUAGGUAGGUCACACAUGGUUCUGCAGAAAAGUGCCAUGAAAGAGCUCAGAAAACACUUGUCCUUCACUCAGCUGAGAUUCCACUGCCACAAGAAACAGGGACGCACAUUCCACGUGGUCACAGCUUCCAACAGCUCAGGCGAAGUUGUGGUCCGGUACUUCAGCGGUCAGAUAGAUGAGCAACCGGACGCCUGUGGUUCGUUUGUGAGAGUGACGCGGGAUGACAAUUCCAUGUUAGCUGGCAUUUGCAAAGAAUGGGGUCGACUAGUAAGUGGAGAGUACCAGGUUGGAAAGUGGGGAAAUGGUGAAGAUCAAGAGAGGCUAUACUCGUUUCCCGUCUUAAGAAAGUCAAAGUAUCACCUUAAGAUCCUACUGCAUAAUGUUGACGACCUCGAAAAAAUGGAAUGUGAUGAUCGCCAUGGUCAGAAUAUUAACACAAACGGCGAUUUCUGGAGAGUCUUUGUUCGUUAGUUGCUUCUAUCUGUACACCAAGCAACCCUUGACUGUGCGAAUAACAGUAACAAACGAAUAAAGCAAAAUAAAGACAAAUGCACCGUUACACUCAUCAGGUUAUAAGAAUGUUUUUGUUUCCAUUUCGGGGCAAGGGAAAGCAAUUCUCAGUCAUUGUUUCUCGUGGGGCCUGUCAUUUUAAUUUUAAUUUUUGAAAAUAUUUUCUCAUACAUCCCAAACCGAAUAUGACUGCCAAAAAUUACUUUUUGUAAGUAGGCUGGCACACACAUUUGCUGCGGUCUCACGGUGAACAACCUUAUCGCGCGAGAGUCGAGAGUUAAAGUUGUUGUAUCCUCGGGGGCUAAGUGAAUUUUGUUCACCCUAGAAAGUUAGUGUAUUUUGAUUCACGGCGUCUGACAUAUUUUUACCAUCCAAUCAAAAAACGUAUUUGAGUUGAGAGGUACAUAACGAUUAAAUUUUCACAACUGCUUCCUUCUAAAUAAAAGGUUGAACUAGUGACCACGUCAACCUCAAUGUUAAGUUGAAGGACUCUUAACAUGAUUGACUAGGUGAUCAGAUCGCGAGCGUCGCGCGUGAGUACUAAAAAUUCCAGAGCAAGAGGAAAGAACACUUUACAGCUCGAAAAAAAUUGACUACUGACACAUGAAAAUUUCAACGACCUGUUUGAUGUGGCGGGAAGCCAUUGAGAAAAACCAUGCUUAGCACAAGAGGUCGAGGCUAGCUGGGAAAUCUCCCGGACAAUAAAAAAGUAAUCAUACAGAUUUUGACCUUCAACCCCUCGGGGAUUGGGGGAGGGUUUUUUUUUCCACUUUUAAGACAUGACACGAGUCUUUAUACUGCAACCAAUCACAAUCGAAGAGAUUUUAAUUUUCAAUGAUUGAGAAGUUUAUAUCAAACAUAAUAACCGGGCAUUAUGUAUGUAUAUAAAAAAAAGAAUUUAUCGUGUUCAGACCUUCACACAAGUCAAGAACUAUAUUAUGCUUUUAGCACCCAUAAGCUCCUUUUCCUUCGGGUUUUCAGUCGACUCAAAACUCGAUAUCAGCAACGUCAUGUGCCCCUUGGAAUAAAACGUUGCCGUUGUGGCGGACCAGGGUAGGUUAUGUAAGGGCUCUUUUCAUACCGCAAGCAGUUUACAAUUAGGAGGCUAAAAUAAUCGUCAUUCCAUACACAGGGGGUUGUCCUACCAUAUCGAAGCUCUCUGUGUCAGGAAGUCCACUGAACUCACACGAUCAACAAUCUCGCUAAGAGGUUGAGACUGGACAUUGCAUGUUUAAAGACCAGUGGUAUCUAUGUUCUCUCAGUGAUACAAUGCUGAUGCCUCGCGUGCAGAUUUGCUCGAUUGUUUAUGACAAAAUACCGUAAACGAAUAAUAGCUAUGACUCGUGUUUGUUGUGUCAAGCUAAUUGUCGAGAGAGGAUUGUCCGUUCAAUUUUCUAUUUUUUAAUUUAAUCCUUACCGGCCUUACGCCUAACCAUGGUAAGAAUUCUCCAUAUUACUCCCUCAAAAUAAAAUAAGAAUCUAAAACAAGUGCGGUUAAAAACGUGAAUGUGAAAGCGAUCUUCACAGUAAUGAACACUACUUAAGCAGUAGUGAAAAGAAGGCCUGAAAAAAAUUCAGGCCUGUACGGGAUUUGAACCCAUGACCUCUGCAAUACCGGUGCAGUGCUCUACCAACUGAGCUAAGGUUCCAAAUAAACCCGUGAAGUGGUAAAAACAACGGGAACUUUCUACACGCAACUCUCAUGACUCUUAGGGCUUCUUCAUAUUCACCUUUGUACGAUAUCAAGAAUCAAGAUGACCUCUUAAGACAGGAUAAUAAACUACACACAAACUGUAUCAUUAAAGUAUCCAAAAUAAACUGAGUGAUGAGAACAUGAAACACGUUUGUGUUGUUUUUCAAGGAUUUGAGCUAAUUGGUCAUAUCACCAAGACAUUAAAUGCCGGCGAAAUAAGCUGUGGAUUGAGAUGCCUUCAAGAUGAAAACUGCCAAUCUUACAACAGCAAAUCCGAUGCUAAUGAUGCAAAGAAGGAAUGUCAACUGAGUAAUCAAACUAAAAAAUCAAGUUCGGAAAACCUGAGGCGUAACCCACGUUCUACUUAUUAUGGAAGAGGUGCUGUGAGGGGACAGAACGCGUUAUGUGCGGGCGCUGUUGUCUCUCAUUUCGCCGAGUAAACUGUUGUUUUUCGUAUUUAUGAAAACGUAUAACUGAUAUCUAGUCUCUUUUAUUUCUCAAAUUUUGUCAUUGUUUUGAUUAAUUGGCAACUGUCCUUUUUGUCGUCCAAUUCUAUCUGUAAUCAUACUCGUGAUUAAAAAAAUCGGACUCCCGCUUCGCGGUCAUACGAUUUUGCUAAUCAUUCGUAUGAGUACAGACCAAAUUGGACUCCACUCGGUCAGGUUACCAUUAUUCAUAUGUAAAUAUUUGUAGUUACAUGAAUGUCACCAGAUCACUUAAGUUCGUUAUAUUUUAGGAGGUUGGCUUCUAGUGUCAAAUGUUAAGUUCGGAAGCCCCUCUCUUAUGGUGUCAAUUGAGACAUCUUACUAUGGAAUAGGUAAGUCACACAUGGUUCUGCAAAAACGUGCCAUGAACGAACUCAGAAGACACUUGUUCUUCACUCAGCUGAGACUGACUUCCACUGCCACAAGAAACAGGGACGCACGUUCCACAUGGUCACAGCUUCCAACAGCUCUGGUGAAGCUGUGGUCUAGUACUUCAGCGGUCAGACAGAUGAGUAAUCGGAUGCCUGUGGGUCGUUUGUGAGAUUGAAGUAGAAUGACAAUUCCAAGUUAGCUGGCAUUUUCAAAGAUUGGCGACUAGUAAGUGGAAAGUACUUUGUUGGAAAGUGGGGACAUGGAGAAGAUGAAGGCAGGAUAUACCGGUUUCUCGCCUCCAGACAAACAUCCAGUUAG